AUGAAAUACUCGAUACAAAAUUUAGUCGAUGCUAUUAAUAGUAAUGUAAGUUCUAUUGGAGCUUCAAAAAGAUCUAAAGUACCUAAAAGAACGAUACAUUCACAUCGUCAAAAUGCUUUGGAAAAAUUAGGUGGUGGUCAUUAUCGUUUUUUGAACGAUGAACAAGAGGAUUUUCUUGUAUACUUUUUUAAAUUAUCACCGGAAUAUGGAUUAACAAUUACUGUUGAUGUUGCAUAA